UUAAUUUCUAUGUCUAGAUCGCUUUACGUUGAAAGCAACGAACGGUUUAACAGUUAUUCCGACGCCACUUAAAUGCAACAUUGGAUAAGUUAGCUUUUUGCUAACUCUGCAAUGGACAAUGUCCCCAGUUUUUGUUCGUCACUCUCUUCCGAAGAAAAUGGACCAGAAACCGGCGACAGCUCGUCGACGGAAGAUGGAUUAGUCGACGCUUUUGGCGACCUGGCUGCCCUCCCGGUCGAGGUUGGCGAGAGAAGACCGACGUGUUUACGUUGCCGUCGCCCUGAGAAGGUGUGUCUCUGUCCUUUUCUUCCACCACAACCCCUGGAGGUCUCCACGUGUCUGUACGUAGUGCAGCAUCCUGCAGAGGAGAGCAGAGUACUUCGCACAGUGCCGCUACUUGCUGCUUGUUUGCCACAAGAAAAGUGCAAUGUCAUAGUGGGAAGGAGAUUCAACGAGGAAAAGCACCCAGAGCUGGCAGCGGUGUGUCGGGACAGCAGGACGCUGAUACUAUACCCAGGUCCCAAAUCUCAGAACCUGGAGGAAUUAGUGCAAUACCAGGAAGUAGGCACUUUAAAACACAAUGUGAUCAUCAUAGAUGGCACCUGGAGCCAGGCCAAGAACAUGUUCCUCAAAAACAGCCUGUUCCACCUGCCUAAACAGGUGCAGCUCAGCAGGACUCUUUCCAGUCAGUAUGUGAUCCGCACACAACCCUCCAACAUCUGUCUGUCCACGCUGGAAUGUGCUGCUGUCGCCUUAUCCAUCCUGGAGCAGAAUGAUGACAUCCAAGAGGUUCUGCUGAGGCCCCUAAAAGCCCUGUGCUCCUUCCAGCUGCAGCACGGUGCUCAGAUUCAUCAUAGCAAGGAGCAUCUACUGAAGAACGGCAUGUACGACAAACCCAUGCCCAAGAACAAACGCAAGAUAAAGAGGAUGGAGAAACUCGUCACCGACAACAGCAUUUGCCCAAGAUGAGGGAGGGACUGAGCAGAGAAGCUGGACCGAUCUCUGUAUACACUGCUGUCUUAUACGCUGCACAGGACUGUUUCAUCAGGGCAUCAUGUAGCAGCAUCAGGGCACAGACACGGAAACCACUGGACUUUUUGGGACUUUGUUUUGUUUUGCUGGUAAAUUAAUUUAUGUAUUUGUCAUUCAUUUAAAAUAAAUGAAUGACACAUUAAAGUUGUAGUUUAAAUGUCAUGGUCGUGACAAUAAAUCUGAUUUUAUUGUUUUUAAAACAAUUUACAUGGUUCCUCCCUAAGUUUUAUAAACACUAGUGGUUCUGUUGUGAUUGACUUUACACAUCUGGAAGGGUUGAUGUUUUAGUUUUAGUUUUAUUCAGAUAUGUUACAAAAUAAAAAAAAAAUACCACUAAAACACAUGCACAACAACACACAUAAUAUAGCAGGAAAAAUGAGAAUUGUAUUGUACUGUAUGUGAGGUCAGGAUUGUUGAUGAAUAUACAGUAAGGUCCAAUUUUUUGCUGUUAUGUUUUUAUAGUAAAUCUGACUGCAUAAUGUCCUAUAAUACAAUAAAAUUACAUGGAUAAUA